ACAAACCAGUGAGAGCGUCUCUACAGAACAGCAGUGGACACACAGCACUCACCAGCUUCAGACCGGACACCAUGUCCACGUUAGCGCACAAGAAAAUGUGAGGGCUGCUUCUGUGUCAUGGUGUGGGACACUAGGGGCCUUGUGUCGGCCUGCUGUUUGCCUGUUGUGAGUGAACCGGAGAGGAAGAGAGAAACGGUGGGCAGCGCCCUGAGCUGAAGUGAAAGCAGAAGCCUGUUCUCACAUCAUAAUGUCAGGAGUGUGUGGUUGUUGCUGUGGGGCUUUCAGACCCCGAUACAAGAGACUCGUGGACAACAUUUUCCCUGAAGAUCCAGAGGAUGGCCUGGUGAAGGCCAAUAUGGAGAAGCUGACAUUCUAUGCUUUGUCAGCCCCAGAGAAAUUGGACCGAAUAGGAGCUUACCUGUCUGAGAGACUGUCCCGCGAUGUGGCUAGACACAGAUACGGAUAUGUGUGCAUUGCUAUGGAGGCUCUGGACCAGCUACUGAUGGCGUGUCACUGUCAGAGCAUUAACCUGUUUGUGGAGAGUUUCCUGAAGAUGGUGCGCAAACUACUGGAGUCUGACAAGCCCAACCUGCAGAUACUGGGGACCAACUCUUUUGUGAAGUUUGCCAACAUCGAGGAGGACACUCCCUCAUAUCACCGUAGUUACGAUUUCUUUGUGUCACGCUUUAGUGAGAUGUGCCACUCCAGCUUUGAGGAUCCAGACAUCCGCACCAAGAUCCGUAUGGCUGGUAUAAAAGGACUACAGGGAGUAGUGAGGAAGACAGUCAACGAUGAACUGCAGGCUAAUAUCUGGGACCCUCAGCACAUGGAUAAGAUUGUUCCCUCUCUGCUCUUCAACCUGCAGUCUGGAGAAGGCACAGAGAGCCGUUCUCCCUCUCCGCUGCAGGCCAGCGAGAAGGAGAAGGAAAGUCCAGCUGAGCUCACAGAGCGCUGUUUUCGGGAGCUGCUCGGCCGUGCUGCCUAUGGCAACAUCAAGAACGCUGUCACCCCCGUGCUUAUGCACCUUGAUAAUCACUGUCUGUGGGAGGGAAAAUCAUUUGCAGUGCGCUGCUUUAAGAUCAUCAUGUAUUCUAUUCAGUCACAGCACUCUCACCUGGUUAUCCAGCAGCUUUUGGGUCACCUGGAUGCUAACAGUAAGACAUCAGCCACAGUGCGUGCUGGGAUAGUGGAAGUUCUCUUGGAGGCAGCUGCUAUAGCAGCAAGCGGCUCUGUUGGCCCCACUGUGCUGGAGGUGUUUAACACUCUGCUGAGGCAGCUGAAGCUCAGUGUGGACUACGCGCUUACCGGCUCUUAUGACUGCACUACCAUGGGCACCAGGACCAUCAAAGAGCAUGAAGAGAGGCAGCUCCAGGAAGCUGUCAUCAAGACCAUAGGGUCCUUUGCCAACACUCUGCCUACGUAUCAGCGCUCGGAGGUCAUGCUCUUCAUUAUGGGGAAGAUUCCGAUUCCAGGCAUGCACCUAACACCGCCACCCACAGGCUCUGGGUCUGAAGCUGACAGGAUGAUCCAGGUCAUGUUGUUGAAAUCUCUGAGACAGGUGACGAGUGGCUUCCAGAGCACGAACAUGUUGACUGCUCUACCCAGCUCGUUCCUGGACCCACUGCUGUCCUUCGCCCUACUGGAGGACGCACACAUCCGCCUGCUUGUCCUUGAAAUCCUUGUCAGCCUCAUUGAUCGCCAUGACAACCUCCCCAAGUUCUCCACCAUCAGUAUCAUCCCGGACAUUUCAGUGCUCAAACUCAAAAUGGAGAAGUGCUCCCGUCAAGACAACCUCUUCAUGAAGAAGCAUGCUCAGCAGCUGUACAGGCACAUCUACCUGUCGUGUAAGGAGCAGAGCAGUGUGCAGCCACACUUUGAGAUGCUCUACUCACUCCUUGCUCUCAUCAGCAUGGAGCUUGCAAACGAAGAGGUGGUGGUGGACCUUAUCCGCCUGGCUCUGGCCCUGCAGGAUUUGGCUCUUGCCAGUGAGGAGACGUUGCGUGUGUACAACCGCUGUGCUGUUCACGCCCUCUCCGCUGCCUACCUCAACCUCAUCUGCCAACUCACCACUGUGCCCACCUUCUGCCAGCACGUCCAUGAGGUGAUAGAGAUGAGGCAAAAGAAGUCCCCGUUUCUCUUGCCUGAGGAUGUCUUCAUUGAAAAUCCUAAGAUCCCUGAGAUCCUGGAGAAGCCAGAAGGAGAAAUGUUGUUCCAGCAGGUUAAAAUCACCGAAGUGCUGGGAGGCUGUGGUUAUAACACAGAGAGACUGGCCACACCUUAUAUACCUCAGUUUACAGAUGAAGACCGGCUGUCAAAGAGAAAGAGUGUUGGAGAAACAAUCUCCCUGCAGGUGGAGGUGGAGUCCAGAAACAGUCCUGAGAAAGAGGAGAGAACACCAGCUGAGGAAAUCACAUUUGAGGCACUGAAGAAUGCCAUAGUGGACAGUGUGGGGAUGGAGGAGCAGGAGAGAGAGCGGAGGAGACAAGUGGUGGAGAAGUUCCAAAAGGCUCCAUUCGAGGAGAUAGCUGCCCACUGUGGUGCAAGAGCUACAAUGCUGCAGAGCAAACUCAGUCAAAUCUUUGAAAUCACAAUCAGGCCCCCACCAAGUCCAUCUGGGACCAUCACAGCAGGCUAUGGUCAAACACAGAGUCGCUCUGUUCCUGUGUAUGAAAUGAAAUUUCCAGACCUGUGUGUGUACUAGCACCACAGCCUCCGAGCAGCCGGGAGGGAAAGAGAGAGUUUGAGGAUGGAGCGUAGAGUCUGUAUUAUCUUUCAUCACUAAGACGUACAGAGAGCACUACAUGAAGCACUUCAUCUCUUGACUACCAGAGGCAAUGCACAUGGCAAUUUGCACUGUGACUACUGACGAAGAAAUGACGACAGAAUGAAAUCAGACUCUAAACUCAUUCAGAAGAAUAAGGCCUUCUAGGCACAGUUAGCUCAUUACUGCUCUCCUGCUGUGAACAGUUGUGUCUGCUCGGCGUUUUAAGAAUGUUUUAAGGCUGGUAUCAUCUGAAGGGUAUUUUAGCGUUGUUUGCCAUGUUUUAAGAAUUCUGUUUUGUGUAUUGAGGAUGGCCAGAGAUAUUUUUUGUAAGUACUUGUGCUUUGCCAAUCCUCCAGUGCCAACUUUUUUUUUUAACAGUUAAUUAAAAUAGUUCAUUCGGUUGCAUCUUAUUAGAACAGGCUUACAAAGAGAUUUUAUCCAGUCACUUUUGCUAAAUGUAAAGCUUCUUUGAGUUAUUUUACCUAUUACUUUUUUUAAUAUGUUUGUCUAUAUUGGUGCUAAUUUUAUUCCAUUCUUUUUUCUGUUUUAUAAGUAUAAAGUUUACUGACAUUCGUUUUGUUUGAAUUAUAUUGGAAAAGCCAGCUUGUUGCUGAGCAUGCACAAAUGUGCUUUACUGUGUAAAUACAUUGUUACAGCAAGCAUCUGCCUGGUAGACAGAUUUUGAACUGCGGUCAUUCUGAGAAUAUUCUCCACUGGCUGUGAUGAAUAUUCUGGAGGUGAUAGCCAUUUUCUUGUGAUGUUCACAGUUGUUUUUGAAGAUGAUAACAUUUAUGUGAUAACUCAUUUUAAAGACAGAAAGGGACAACUAAAUAUCUGGAAUUCUGGCGUCUCUCAAUCAGAAUUUGCAGAUAGAUAGUCUGAUCAAAAUAAAUUUAGUGAGCACUUUCCAUUAUUCAGCUGUGUGUACUCAAAUGCUAUAAGUAUUUUCAUUUAAUUUGUCUAGUUUGUGCUUCUUUUAGGUUAAAUGAGGCCUGUUUUCUGGAUUCAGUUGAGACAUGUUCAUAUACUAGAAUUCAGUUGCACUUGAUAAUGCUUAUGUUUUUUUAGAAAAGGCUGUAAUGUAGUAGAGGUCUAGGUUUGGACUGCGUCUCCAUAAGCUGUUUUAAGUUAUUACCCUCCCCCCUCCACAGUUACAGCCUUAUUCAAAGGUUUUGGCACCCCAGUGAAAUUACGUGUUUUGUUAAUUUUAUAAUUGAAAAUAAGGAAACUUUCAGCGCUUUUUUACGAGUUUUAGUGCACGGUUUUUAUUUACUUGUUUAACAUAUUGGAAAAAAAUAAAACAUAAAAUGUGGCAUCUGCCCAGAUUUUUGCACAAGGCACAUUCUGGGCCAGUUUUCCAGAAAUGGAUUAAGCCUAGUCUUGGGCUAAAUUGCAGUGCCAGUGGUGAAUCACCAUUGGAAAUUCUAUUUAAUCCAGGCUUAUCCUUAAUCUGGUUCUGGGAAACCAGCCGUUUGUUUUUUUUCUUCCAAAAUGUUAAAACUAUACUAUAUAAGAUUUGAAGACCUCUCUGGAGAAAAUGUGUAAUUGCAUUUGUAACGUUAGUUGCAUUUGUAACGUUAGACCCGUUCCACGAGCAGAUGAAUCCGAUGAUGCGCGUUGAAAGAGUGCUCAAAGAGAACUCAGUCAAAACUUAGUGAAGGUUGUGUCUUCCGAGGAUGUGAGUGAAUCAUCUACUAAUGUCAUCAUACAUUCAUUGGUAUGAUGUUGAUUUUGCAUUUGAGAGCUAAACAUGGAGCUAGACCGUCUUUUUAAGUCUGUGCAUGUGAUGUUAAUAUGUGAAGACGUAUGACGUGGUCUGAAAACCUUCUGACCUGACGGCUCUGACGUUUAAAUUAUUUCUGCAGGCUUUACUUGGCGACUCCUAGCAGAGCACGAACACUAUUUUGUAGCAUGUUUUUUUUCUCCUGACUGAGGUACUCAGUUUUCACAAGAAGAUCUUACAUAGUGCAAAUAAACAGAAUGCACAUUAUGUGCAAAAAUUUGCAGGAAUGUGAUUUUGUAGAGGAUGUGUACUUAUUUUCACUUAGAAAUUUGACAAAACAUGAAAGUUGACCAGGAGCGCUGAAACUUAAACAUAAGACUGGUAAACCAUGGUAAACUGCUUCAUUGGCCCUUGCUUUUAGUCUUGGCCAAGUGAGCAUAAGCAGUGUUCAUUUUUAUAUAUAUAGCAUACAGUUACAUUAGCUACAUGUACGCAUAUGAAUAUACAGUAUAUGCAAACAAUGUAAAUGACUAUGAAAACAAAGUUAGUUUUAGAUUGCACUGAUUUUAUUCGGAGAGUUUUCUAACAUUGAACUAGAUUAGAUAAAACCUUGCGUGAAUGUGUGCGUGCACGCACCCAUGAAGAACUAACCAGCAUGAAAUGACUAUCAUCACAGAAUUUACAAGUUAUAUUUUCACAAUCUAGAUAUCUAGGGGACAGAUUAAGAUAUAAGACCAUGUUGAUAAGGUAUUUGUUGCAGAAUAAGCCUUGUGAUUGUAGCUUUGCCACAUUCAUCCCCUCGGGUGCUCUCACAGCAGGACCCUGUCCCCAAUGUGUCAUCCAAGUCACAUAAAGGCCUUCAGUACAUGUUUUAGAUGUUGUGGCUAAUCAGAGAACAUGAACUUUACAUUUGAUUUUUGGUGUUCCUUACAGUGGCUUCAUCUUCUGUGAUAGGAACACAUGGACCACAGAAGACCAGUGGUCCCAUCUUCUUUUUUUAUUGUGUUGUUUGUCAGUGAUGGUGGUCUUGAGGCCUGCAGUACUGUGCUGUAAUCAGCUGAGGGGAUUCUCUAAUCUGUGUUGAAGUAUAUUGUUGCUUUGUUUGAUAGAAAUGUGCUUUUUAACUUUUAUUUUUAAAUCCAAAAUGUGUCAUUAAGACAAAUACAAGUUACGUGUAUGAUUGCGUGAGUGUUUAAACAACGUAAUGGGGGUGUAACUGUCUUGUGCCAUUAAGUGGCAGUCGUGUCAACGUAGAUUUUUUUGUCUCUGGAUAAUUUUUAUGGCUUUUAGGUUUACAGUCUUUUCAGAACCUUUGAAUUGAAGCCAGGUUUGCAAAUGUCUUUAAAUGAGCUAAUGGGUCUGUCUGUAGGUGGUGUGUCCUCACAUAGAAUUCGAAACACAACAUAUAAUUAAUAUAUUCAGUAAGUUUACUUUAAAGCCAUGAUUCAUCUGCUGUUUGAUUCUAUGCUUUUCAAAGAUGUUCGUUUUUCAACCUUUUUUAAAGACAAACUGUUGAGACCCACAAUUAAUGUGCAGUAAAGCCCUGUUAUAUAAACACUAAGAAGUAUUUUCCCCCCAGACAAUAAGCAAGCAAAUACUGGAUCGUUUCUCGUGUGGGUUUUCUUUUUAUCAAGAUAUGAGUCAGUCAAAGCGUCCUUCGCUAGAAAAGUUUCAAGGACCAACAUUAAUGCUGGCAUUAGCAUUCUUUACGCUUAAAUCAGCAAGCAUUUAUUAUUAUUAACCUUCUGUAUUGAGUUCUCCAUUUUAAGUCUGCCUGCUGUAAAUGUUCCCCACUACAUCAGUAUGUCCUGUUCUGCUCAUGUUGCUCAUGUACAGUGGAGUAGUUCAGUAAUUAUUUGUGGUAGAAGUGUGUGAUAUGCUCAAGUCAUCAAUGUAAGGCAGCUUUUCAACAGAACAAAAUGCCUUGUGUGCAUUUUAACUGUCAGCUUCUGUUUAAAAUGGAUAAGCUUGUACACAUUAUAACUGACUUUGUUUUUACAUGUCAGCUGUACAAAUAGUCAUUAAAUCGUACAUUCAGUAA